CAAAUGGCUCAGUGAUCUCCUAAUGGAGGUAAAUCAAGGUGAACAGAAGGAUAAUAUAGCUGUAAAUGUGUUUAUAUAGAAUACAACUGUGUCUACUUCAGUUAUUGUGCAAUAUACGGAUGUGUGGAACUCUGCUGGUUGGAGGAAAUUGUUUUAUGAUGCUUGGUUGCAGUUGCAUGCUGGGAGAAUUUAAAGUUCAAGCGUUAUCUCUUGGAUUGCGAGAAGAGGUCAGAGUGAACUCCCAAAGACUCCUGGCUGCGUUCAGACCUCCAGACUGGUCAGGUGAAGAGAAGGGAAAAGAAGAUGUUCCUCUGGAGGAGCCCGGCCCUCGUUCUGCUGCUGACUCUGCAGAUUGUGAAUUGCUUUGUGGCUGAUCCAUGUGUGACUCCUGAGGUGAAAUGUGACUUUGUGUGCAACUGUGAAGGCUGCAGCGAUGAACAAGACUGUGGCUACAAUGGAACAGCGUUUGGGUGUGACUUUGCAGAAGCAGGGAUGUGUGGAUGGACUGACGAGUCCUUGAAAGCAUCAGUGUACAGCUGGGAGAGACGUCAGAGAGGGGGGGGGGAGCUGCCUGUCAGCGGGCCGUCCUCUGACUACACCACAGGGACAGCUACAGGUUGGUUUAUGGGAGUGAGUGCGGUGACGACAGAGUUUCUCAGCCCUGCAGUGUUAAUCUCUCCACAGAUGAAGCAGUCUUCACAAACAUGUCGUCUUCGGCUCAGAUACUUCCUGUGGGACUCAGGUCACUCAGGUCUGGGCUCUAUUCCCUUGUGGGCGUCCAUCCUUCACCAGGACUCCCAGGAUGCCGUAGUGUGGCGUCCGGAGGCCACCAGUGUGCAUGGCUGGAGGGAGGCGACCAUCUUUCUGGGCCGUAUUCCCACAUCUUUCCAAAUCCGUCUUCACUCGCAGCGCUCCGAGGGGCUCAGAGGAGAUGUGGCAGUGGACCAGCUGGAGUUCCUGGACUGUGCUUUGCCCUCACCACUCCCUGGGUGUCAACCUGAGUUGCAGUGUUCGCGGGGGGGCUGCGUGGAGCGGCAGCAGCUCUGUGACGGCAGCGACGACUGUGGUGACGGGACUGAUGAGAAGAACUGUGAAGGGUACAGGAUCUGUGACUUUGAGGAUGGUGAGUGUGAUUGGGACCUGAGGUCAUUCUCCAACCUGUUAUGGGUUCGAACAAAUCAGAAGAACAUCUCCCUCAUGGAUCCUCUGCAAGGACCAGGCCGGGAUCACUCCAACAACAGUGCAACAGGUCACUUCCUAUAUGUCACUGUCCCUGAGGGGGGUCUCAAAAAAGACUGGGCCGCUUUUCAAAGUCCCCGCCUGGAACCUACCAAUAGUUCACAUCCUUGUAAGAUGGUGAUGUACACCCACCAGUUUGGGCCGAGGUCUGGCGGUCUGACGGUGCUGGUGGCAGGGCAACAGAUCACCCCGGUGUGGGAGAGGGGCGGUGCUCUGGGCGAUGUUUGGGUGAAGGCAGAGGUGGACAUCGUCACAAACUCCACCUUCCAAAUUCUAAUAAUGGCAGCCAUCAGAGACUUUGCUUAUGGAGGGAUCGGUGUCGACAGCAUUGUGUUGUCUCCUGAAUGCCGCAACUCAACUGGCACUAGUUCCUUGGAAGUAUUCCCUAAACCUCCCAAGGAUCCGUGUGCUGAACCGGACAAGAUGUGUGACUUCCACAGUGACUGUGCAAAAGCAGAGGAUGAAGCCAAAUGUGGAGACUUUUCUUACACGGAGGGCAGCUCGGGCUGGACUGACUCCAGCAUAGGGAGUCAAGGCUGGGUGCUUUAUGAAAAUGCUACAUCCGAAGAGGAGAACCUGUACGUAGCCGAGGCCCCGGGCCAGCAGCUGACCGAGGCCCAGACACGGACCCCCCUCCUGGGCCCCUCCGGCCCCGCCUGCAGCCUGAGCUUUGACUUUGCACUAACUGGGAUCCCAGAUCAGAUUGGUGAGCUGUCUGUCAGGGUGAUUGACAGCUGGCUGGGCAUGCGGCCGAAGCUGUGGGAGUUCAGCGGGAAGACAGGAGCCGAGGAGGGGGCGUGGCAACACGUCAACGUGCCUGUUGGAUUUAGAAAAGAUCGCUUCCAGCUGGCAUUCGAAGCUCAUGCUUUGAAACUUGAUGCAUUGUCCAAGAUUAAAGUGAAAAACGUUAGCUUUGUUAGCUGUAAUGCUAACUAUUUCCCAUACUCUAAAACAGGAUUGUCGUGUAACUUUGAAGAUGGGCUGUGUGGAUGGUACCAGGACAACAGUGACGACUUUGACUGGGCGUUGCUGAAUGGGAUGGACCACACCAUCGGGAUCGGCACAAGCCUCACCGUGGACAUGUGGAGUCCUGCUCUGCGCGGUGCGUUCGGACGCUUAGUUUCAUUCACACAGUUACAAGGUCCAUCAGAUUACUGCUUGUCCUUCUUCUACAAACUCUACGGGCCCAACACAGGUGUUUUGAAUGUGAAGCUGUUAGAUAACGACGGUUAUGAAAACAUCCUGUGGACCCGCAGUGCAGCUCAUGGCAACGAGUGGCACGAGGCACACUGCCCCGUACCCCACCAACUCACAAACUUCAGGCUGAUGUUUGAAGCGGUUCGCUCCGGUUUUGACGGGCGAGUUGCCAUUGACGAUGUGACGUUCCUUGAAGAACCGUGCACCGUGCCCAAGAAGUGCUCCUUUGAAGGCCAGCGGUGUGGAUACAGCAGCUCUGGUCCCGGUCACUGGCAGUACCGCAGGGGACUCAGCGCCACAGGGAGCGGACCCAAGACUGACCACACUCUAGAGACUGAACUGGGUUUCUACAUGAUGGCUAACACCGGAGUGAACAUCCUUCCUGCUAGUGGAACAACAGUCCUUACAUCACCUGUUCGACAAAGAAUCGUCAAGACUGUGUGUGUCAGUUUCUGGUAUCACAUGGGAGGAAAGAAUCCUGGUUCUCUAAAAUUGUACAUGAAGCCGGUGAAAGGAGAAAGGGUCAGCAUUUUCUCUGACAAUCUGGACCAGGGAGAUGUCUGGCGCCAUGGCAACGGCAACAUCACAAGUGACCUUGAGGACUGGCAGCUGGAGUUUGAGGUAGUCGGAGCAGGAGGCGAUAACACUCACAUUGCAGUGGACGACAUCUCCCUUUCAGAUUACCCAUGUGAAAAUCACGGUUCUAAAUGCACUCUGGAGAGGGGGAUGUGUAGCUGGAGCAACACUCAGAAUAUCAAAGUGGACAAACUGGACUGGGAGCGGACAAGUCGGGAGGCGGAGAGCCACUACCCCACCCCGUCUGAAGACCACAGUCUGGGCACUGAGAGAGGCCACUUCCUGUUCCUCUCAAGCAGCAACCGGACUGCAGCCAAAGAAAAUGCUCAGUUGCUGAGCCCUCACCUGCCCCCGACCAAGGGCACCUGCCUAAAAUUCUGGGUCUACAAACAACACUCAUUGGACAGCCAGCUGAAGGUGUGGAGGCUGUCUGAAGGUGCUCUCAAUCAGCUGCUGGGGGUGAGCGAUCAUGGAGGACCGUGGAAACGCUUUGACAUCAACAUAAUAUCUGCAGAGGAAUACCAGAUUGUGUUUGAAGGAAUCAAAGGCACUACAGGAGUUGUAGCUCUGGAUGACAUUGAGUACACCGUCGGAGUCAACUGCGCUAAAGAAGUCACAGAUUCACUAACAGGACCAAAGCAUGACAACGCAGGAGGCAUCGCAGCGUCAGUCAUCGUGACCCUGCUGCUGAUCGGCACAAUGAUCGCAUUCCUGGUUUUCUACCUGCGGACCAGACAGAGAGACCAGGCUGGGACCGCUCCAGCAGCAUCAUCCUCCUUGGAUAACGCUGGCUUCAGUAAUGAUUCAUAUGAUAGAGAACUCACAAAUGAUUGUGUGGAGAUUCCUUCAGUGCAAAACCAUCCGAUGGCAGCUGGGUUCAAUAAUGUCUCUUUCUCUGCCAGAGAGAAUGAGGUGUGAAGCAGUGGCGGCCCUGCCAUGUUACAGUGGCUUUGUGAAAAUAAGGUGAUAUCACAGCAGAAGAACUGCUUGUGUUGCCCUGGCACGACCCAUAUACACACACACACACACACACACACACA